CUAACCAAUCACAGGACAUAAAGCAAAAGCUGAUUCUGGUUAUUACAAAAAAAUUACCAGGAUAUCAUCACCAUUCUGGCGCGAUUGAAAAAAUUUUAAAACAACAUCAUAAGACGCAAUAUAGAACAGCAACAAUAAAUGCUAAUCUAAAAUUAAAGGCCUACAAUUAUGCCAAAAUAGGGAAAAAUAGUAAGGUAAAUGAG